CCAUCUCUUCCUUCUUCUCUGCGGGGUGGGCAGCCUCAGUUGUGUUCGCAAGAGCUUUUAAAUUGACCACAUCCACCCACCGUCCGCACUCGCUCCCUUUUUGUGCGUGUCUUUUUCUGCCCACACUCGUUUCCCCGCGGACGUCGCCCCCGUCGCCCCCACGCUCUCUGACUCGCGUUCUCUCCUUUCAUCACCCGCCCCGUUCAUACUUCCUUCUCUCGCCAUGGAAGACACCCAGACCGCGUUUGCGUCCCAAUACCAACCCUACGCCGGCUUCGAUAUCGACAUGAUGAAGAGGUCCAUGGAAACCGUCGGCGGCCCCGACGCCAAAAAGGCUCGUUGGUCCCCCACCUCCUUUGGCCCCAAUGGCACCGCCAGCGCAGCAUCCAAUCGCGACGCGUUCGCCAACUACGGCUACGGCCCUCAGGCCUCCAUUGCGCAGGCCCAGAACGGCUUCAACGGCUCGCCCCCCAACUCGACCGGCUUCCCCUCUGGAGCGGGAGGCGGUAACGCACUCUACUCAACUCCUUCGCUGACCUUGAACACUGCGGUAGCGACGAACGGGAUGGGUCAACAGAUGAGUCCGAACACUGCAGGUCCGUAUACGCCUCAGAACCAGCAGCCGCCGUCGGCGACGCCGAACAGCGCGAAUCCGUACAACGCUUUCAACGGGUACAGCAUGUUGGGCAUGGGACUGCCGGCGAUGGGCAUGCUUGGAGGAUUCCCGUAUAAUGGACAAAUGGCGGCCAGCUUUGCUCAGCAAAACCUCAACCAGCAGCGUCUUCCCUCGCUCACGAUCCCUGGCCCCGCUGCGUCACCCUACUCCCCGGCGGCGAUUACAGCAGCGCUCUCUGCGCAGAACAACAUGACGGCGCGCACGGUCUACGUCGGAAACCUCCCUGCGACGGCGUCGGUCGACGAGCUCCUCAACCUCGUUCACUUUGGUCCGCUCGAGUCCAUCCGCGUCCUGCCCGAGAAGUCGUGCGUGUUCCUGUCCUUCCUGGACGGUGCCACUGCUGCCGCGUUCCACGCGGACGCGCUUAUCAAGAAGCUCUCGCUGCACGGGCAGGAGCUCAAGAUCGGCUGGGGGAAGCCAUCCCCCGUGCCAUCGCAGGUCGCGCUCGCGAUCCAGCAGAGCAACGCGUCACGCAAUGUGUACUUGGGCGGUCUGGAGGAGAGUAUGACGGAGGAGCAGCUGCGGGACGACCUCAGCCGGUUCGGGCUGAUCGACCAGGUGAAGAUUGUACGCGACAAGAACAUCGGCUUCGUGCACUUCCUCUCGAUCUCGACUGCGACGAAGGUCGUAAACACGCUCCCGACGGAGCCUGCGUGGGCAGGCAAGCGAGUGAACUACGGCAAGGACCGCUGCGCGUACAUCCCCAAAUCGCAGCAAGCUGCAGCUCAGGCUGCCCAGGCUGCUGCAGCGCAGUCCCUUGUGGCGCAGAGCGCUGUCUUAAGCCCCGUGUCUGCGGGUGCAGGUGGCAACCCGUUCGCGAGCCCGCUGUCGCCGUACAUGCAGUUCUCGCCCGACGCGCUGACGAGCUUUGCUGCUGCGGGAGGCCAGGCCCUGAACCGCACGGUGUACUUGGGCAACAUCCACCCAGAGACGACGACGGAGGAUUUGUGCAAUGCGAUACGCGGUGGGGUGUUGCAGAGCUUGAGGUACAUGCAGGAUAAGCAUAUUGCGUUCGUGACGUUCGUCGACCCUGCGGCAGCGCUGACGUUCUUCCAAGUGGCGUCUUACCAAGGUCUGACGCUCAACAACCGCCGACUCAAGAUCGGAUGGGGCAAGAACUCGGGGCCGCUGCCGCCCGCGCUCGCGCUCGCUGUGCACGCGGGUGCGACACGGAACGUCUACGUGGGGAAUAUCGAAGACUUCGACACGUUCACGGAGGACAAGCUGAAGCGCGACUUCGGCGAGUACGGGGAGAUCGAGCUGGUGAACUUCUUAAAGGAGAAGAAUUGCGCGUUCGUCAACUUCACGAACAUCGCGAACGCCAUCAAAGCGAUCGAUGGUGUGAAGAACAAGCCCGACUACGCGAACCUCCGCAUUGCGCACGGCAAGGACCGUUGUGCGAACCCGCCGCGCUCGGGCCCGCAGGGCGGCUCAGGUGGCCGUCGCGGGGGCGGAGGGGGCAGCUCGCAGCCUCCCAGUGCGAUCGAGCCCCCGGAGGACGUGCCGAACCCACUCAAGGACACUGUGCCGAUUAAGGAGGAGGAACUUGCGGAUAUUCCAUCGGGCGAGGUCGAGGCGUCAGCAUGAGGGCGCCUCAUCUUCUGAUGAGAGGAAAAUGCACAUAACGACGACACAUACCCCUGACCACGUUGUAUGAUCCGGCGACUACUUGGAUACCCCGCCCUCCUUGUCUGUAUAUCGUGCUCGCUCUCGUCGCCCCUCACUCGCAUUGAAUGACGCCUCUCUACAAUGCUCUGCCAGUGUACUACCUCGCUUGACUCGGACGUCCUGCUCCGGCACACCCCUCGUUUGUCGCCCUCCUGUCUCGGCAUCCUCGUUUCGGUUUAUCUCUCGUGCCUCCUGCCCUCUUUCUUUCUCCUAGAGGUGGCGACGCGGCGAUGGAAGGGUGCUUCGCUCAUCUCGAGCCGUCACGCGAGUGCGUUGCGGACCUUGGGUUGUUGGUUGCUUGUUGUUUAUCAACUUGACUUUCGUCUUGCCUCUUGCGUCCGCUCAUAGACUGUCCUUACCCCGCAUCCUCCUGCCCCACCCUUUUCGUAUUAUCCCUUCUCUACUAUGCUUCCCCCUUUCCUAUUCUCCUUCUCUUUCUUUCGAUUCUCGUGUCUGUGUCCGUCAGUGUAAGUGAGCCGCGCACGGGACGCAAUCCCGUCCCGCCGCAGCAUCAUCCGCUCCUUGCUUCGGUCCGCACCAUAUGUCCUUCGCCCCUGUUAGGUGAAUCCGAAACAAAUAUCCUGAACCUGCCCCCAUUCCUCCCUACGAACAUCUCACCGUGCAUCUCCUCUCCGUCUCGUCCUCGUCUGAUAUACCGGUACUAUACUCCCUCUAGCAGUAGUGCAACUGAUACGGGUGCCGUGCUAUAGCGAUGCAAAUAAUUUUGCGUGUAUCUCCAUACAUAGUCUCUACG